GGCCUCGCAGUCUCAGCCGAGGCGGCGGGGAGCAGGUCAACCCGGUCCCCGCGGGUGGAACGGAAAGUGGGCGGGGCUCCCGGAGGUGGUGUCCCCGGGGCGGGGUGCGCGGAGUUCGCAGUCCGGUGCGCACUCUAGCUGGAGUCCGUCGGAGCUUCACACUCGGUCCCGAGAUGACGGCGAGCAAGCGGGUGGCGAAGGAGCUGGAGGACCUUCAGAAGCAGCUCCCCAGGUACCUGCGGAACCUGUUCAGCGAUGAUGCCAACGUGCUGGUGUGGCACGCUCUCCUCCUGCCUGAGAAACCUCCCUACAACCUCAAGGCCUUCAACCUGCGCAUCAGCUUCCCUGAGGAGUAUCCAUUCAAGCCUCCGACAGUGACAUUCACAACCAGGAUCUACCACCCCAAUGUGGACAGCAACGGGCGGGUGUGCCUGCCCCUCAUCAGCAAGGAGAACUGGAAGCCUUUCACCAAGACCUGCCAAGUUUUGGAGGCCCUCAACAUGCUGGUGAAUAAACCAGAGCUGGGAGAGCCCCUUCGCUUGGAGCUUGCCGACCAGCUGACACAGGACCCGGAGCUAUUCAACAAGAGGGCCGAAGAGUUCACCCUCCAGUUUGGAGUGGACCGACCCUCCUAACUCUGCCUCUGGCCCAUCUCUGCACUGGAUGCUUUCUGUGUGAUGGACGGACCCAUGUCAUGGGCUGGGGGCCAGAGCCCCUUUGUGGUCCAUUUCCUGCUCAUUUCUUCCAAGUUUUCCUUCUUAGAUUGUUAGUCAUUUGUGUGUGUGUGUGCGCGUGUGCGUAUGUGUGUGUGGUGGUGGUGGGGCCGCAGUUAUGUGUGUGGUACGGGGAUCCGCUGGCCUCAGGUGUGCUUUCCCCACUUCCUUUCUCUGCCCCAGAGCCAGGGGCAUUUAGGUUUGCAGGGUCGCAGGCCAGCUCUCCAGCGCUCUGUGAUGUGGGAAGCGCGAUCCUUAGAGACUCAGGCUGCCUCGCAGGCCGGCUCGCAGGAAAUGAGCCCAGCAGCCAACCAGAAUCCGCUGAGGGCCCAGGCAUGGGGGGUGCGGGGAGGGCAGAGGGGCAGGGGGGAGUAUGGGAGGCAGGCAGGGCACAGGGAGGAGGGACUCCUACUUACGGUUGAGUGUUUUGUUGAUUGAGUGAUGGAAAACAGCCAGACCGCUGAUAGACAUGUAUAGAUGCAAAACCUUUUCUCUUCCACGGAUGAAUCAUAAAGUGAAGAAACUAAUCUCCGUCCCAGAAA